AUGCGUGCUCUCACAGAAACCGAGACUCAAACCCUCUUCUCGAAACUGGCGAAUUACAUGGGCCCCUCCAUCAAGAAUCUCAUCGCCCCAGCAGAUUCGAACCCCUCCACAGACCAGACACGCAUGAUCUUCAGACUUGGAAAUCAGGACCGAGUCUACUACUGCUCGGAGUAUCUAGCAAAUCUUUCUACGUGUGUCGCGCGUGAGAAUUUGCUUUCGGUCGGAACCUGCUUAGGCAAGUUCACUAAGACUGGAAAGUUUCGGCUCCAUAUUACAUCUUUGAAUGUUAUAGCACCGCAUGCUCGCUACAAGCUAUGGGUGAAACAGAACGGCGUGAUGCCAUUCCUUUACGGAGGAAACAUCGUGAAAGCCCACGUGGGAAGGUGGAGCGAGGAUUGCCCGGAGCAUCAAGGAGUUGUAGUGUUAGGAAUGGAUGAUACGCCUCUAGGUUUCGGUGUCACAGCAAGAUCGACAGCUGAGGCAAGAAGGCUUGAGCCAACAGGCAUUGUGUGUUUUAGGCAGGCGGAUGUUGGGGAGUAUCUCAGAGAAGAGGAUACUCUUUUUACAACGACGUAG